AGGGGGAGUAGCCUUUUUAUAGAUGAGACUCACAGAGGCUCAGAAUCUCUUCAGACUUUCGUAAUCCUGAACGAGACUGGAGGAAAUUUUCAAUGUGAACAACCCUGCCUUAAUAUUUUCCAAUCCAUUGGACACGGGUAUAACUAAAGGCUUUGUAUUCUUGCUUCUCUCCCUGUUUAUUUGUGAGGCACAGAUGGACAAGCAGCUGAUGCAGGAGGCAGUUCCACGCACAGCACACUUAACCGAGGACCCAGAGGCAUCUUGAAAUAGAAAUUCAAAAGAGGAGGAGGAGGAGAGAAAGGAAGGGGGUUUUUAAGGGAGAGCAUUGGUAUGCCAGGUUCAGUACAUAGCAUGGCUGUGCAGAAGAAACAGUGUGUCAUCCCUCCAUCGCAGGGACCUCUUUCUACACGUACCAUCGAAAGCCAAAGGAAGAGAAACAGAUAUGAAAAAACAGAAGAAAAUGGCUCUUAUCACAAACCGAUAUCAGCGACAGUGAAGAAAGCAACCUGUUCUGUCAACAUCUGCAACACAGUUACUCCUCGGGCUGCUGCAGGUAAUGGACAAAAUGUUGACGAGAGGCUGAAAGCCGCACGAGAAAGAAGAGAAGAGCACCAGAAGCUACUUGCCUCUCGGGAACUGAGCAGGUUAGAGCGGGAGCAGCGGGCUAGGCUUUACCAUGAACAACAACUGCAGGAGCGCAAGAAGAAACUCCUGGAGCAGAGGCUCAAAGAGGAGAGGAGGCGUGCUGCUGUGGAAGAGAAGCGGAAGCAGAGGCUCAAAGAGGAGAGAGAACGAUAUGAAUCUGCAGUGCGUAGGACACUCGAGAAGAGCCAAAAGGCCCAGCAGAGCCUCAGUCAAAAUGCAAGAGGAAGGAAACUCACUAAAAAUGUUCCACAUCGCUUGCCACUGACCACAUGGGAGAAGAACCUGGUCAGUCGUCUCCUUACCCCCACAUGCUCUUAUCUGGCCAGGAGCAAGAGUGCUGGUUGUCAGUCAGGAGAACAAGUUUCAUUCCACUCCAUGAAUACCACCACCACCACCACUCACAAACCCCGGCAUCACUCUGGUUCAGUCCACAACAGGCCAUCUGCUUCCUCUGGUUCUCGCAACAGCCAACACAGAAGCAUCAGUGUGGCACAGAUAAAAGCAGCAAAGCAGCAAAACAUUGUUAAGAGGACCUCAAGUACUCGCUCUAACGUUCAGUCAAAUACCAUCAGCGUCUGUGUAAAAUCAGCUCUGAUGCCGAGCAGAACAUCCUCUCCAUCAUCAGAACGGACCUCACAAAGAUCAGUCAUCAAACAGCCAACCCUGCUCCAGCCUGAGCUCCCAUCACUCCCUGAGGAAGAUGCUGCUGCUUGCAACUCUGCCCUCUCUCCUGCUAACUCCAGGCCUGUCAGGACAUCAGUUGAAUCUCAGCAAGAGAAACUGAGGGGUAAAAAUCCACAGGAGACUCCAAGUUCAAACUUGCCUGACAAAGACAAAGUGACAUCAAAGAGAACAGCAGGAGAUGGAGGUCUCUCCAAAAUGCCUCCUUGUCCAGCUCCACAGACUCCUGAAGUCAUGUCCCGCCCCUCAGCUGGAACUACUGACCCAGAGGAAGCCUCACGUCUCCUGGCUGAAAAGAGGCGAGAGGCCCGACUACAGCGGGAGAAAGAGGAGCAGGAGCGCAUACAGAGGGAGGAGGCUGAAAGGCAGAGCCGUGAAGAACUUGAGCGCAGGAGGGCAGAGGAGCGGGCACGACAGCAGGCUGAGGCUCAGCGUCUCAUAGAGGAGAAGAGGAGAAGGGAGCAAGAAGAGCAGAGACGAGCUGAGGAAGAGAGAGCUCAGGCUAUGAGGGAAGCUGCCCUCUUGCAGAAACAGAGAGAGGAGGAACUAGCCAAAGAGCAAGCACGAGCAGAGCAGUUGAAACAAGAGCGGGAAAUGCUCGCACAGAAAGAGGAGGCAGAGCGCCAAGCAAGGAAAAAGCGACUUGAGGAGAUCAUGCGGAGAACCAGAAGGACUGAUUCUCCAGAUACGUGGCACAAGCAUAAAGCGAAUCGCAUAUGA